GGUGUGAUUCGUUUGCCCCCGUCGUUCUCCUUCUAGCGGCAGCGACUCUCCGUUGUCUGUUCGUUCUCGUGAGACUUUGCGUAUUUGAGUGCAAGUUAUGGGGACAGUCGACUUCUUGAACGAGGACGAGGUGAAGGAAUUUCUGGACAAUAUCGGCGUGGAGUAUCACUUCCAGUGUCACCGGGAGAAGGACCCUGAAGGUUGCCAGAGGCUAGCAGAUUACCUGGACAGCAUAAAGAAGAACUACGAGGGGGCUGCGCAGAUCCUGAAGAUGAACUGUGACCAGAACCAGCACAGCGAGAGCUGUUACAAACUGGGAGCGUACCACGUCACUGGCAAAGGUGGGCUUCCUCAGUGCCUGAAGACCGCCUAUUCCUACUUUGUGAAGUCCUGCGAGAAGGGAGGGAAGAAGUCCAGCGACUCGUGCCACAAUGCGGCUCUCCUGGUGAUGGACGGACAGGCUGUCGAGGGCCAGUCUAACCCUCGGCUGGCGCGGGACUACUACACCAAGGCGUGCCAGGGCGGCUUUGCUCCCAGUUGCUUCAACCUCAGUGCGCUUUUCAUCCAGGGCACAGCAGGGCUGGAAAAAGACAUGGGGCUCGCCCUGCGCUACGCCCUCCGGGCCUGUGACUUGGGGCAUGUCUGGGGCUGCGCCAACGCCAGCCGCAUGUAUCGACUUGGAGACGGGACAGCAAAAGAUGACGGGAAGGCGGAGGCCCUGAAGAAUCGAGCUAAAGAGCUCCACGGGCAGCAGAGUCAGACACAGCUGACCUUUGGACAGUAGAUGAGGGCGGGCGGCGAGAUGGACACUGGCCUCCCUCCGUGGCCUCGCCGGUUUCCUUAAACGCGUGGCUGGUACUGCCCGAUGGCUUUUGUGGGGGAGGUGGAGAGAGCGGGCACCACUACACAGUCUCGCUACGUGCCACCUGUUGCAGCCAAAUGGCAGAUGUCCACCUUGGGCUGCCUUUGAAGGGCUGGUCUCUAAAACUGACUGGAUCUGGACUGGCCACCACAGUGACAAAUGGCACUCCUCAGGUGGGCAUUAAUGCGCUUCUCGUGUCACGGUUGCCAGGGCAAUCGUAGAGGGGGUCUAGCUGAGCACUGGUGGCCCCUUUUGUAGUUUUUUUUUUUUUUUUAUUAAAAUCCAUUCCUGAGAAACUUGUCAUUACUUACGACAGUUGAGAAAAAGUGGAAUUGGAUUCUGAAAAGCUUUAAACAAAAACCAGUUAUGAUGUUGUGAUUUGGUCAGGGGGGUCCGACACGUGUGCUGAGGGGCAUACUGAUGACAGAACAUCUCCCAUGAUGUACGAGAAGGUGACCAAACGCAGGAGUGCCAGCCCUGAGCACGUGACAAGUGACAGUGAGGGUCACACUGGUCGCUGAGGUGCUGCACAAAGCCUGACCCUCUUGAGGGGGCCGCUGCGCUGCGUUGGAUCAACUCGGAAAUUCACGAGUCAGUGUGGGCAGCUUCUGACAUCCCGACCGUGCUGCCCACUACCCGCUGCGUUGGGGUCUGGUACAAUGUCUCCCACCACCAGUUAUGGUUUUGGCCCAGAGCUCAACCCAAAACAGAAGCUUGCAGAGAACUGGGACAGUUGGGUUGGUUCUGCUGGCCUUCACCUACUCACUUCCCAAGUCCAGUUUGAAGUCGGACAGAAGUUCAGGCUUUAAUAACGAGGCCGCCGUGUUGGCAGGAUGGGCAGUGACACGACGCCCACCAUCUGCUGCUGCGGGGGGCUCUUGGUGUCGAACAGAAAUGCAUGUCUGCCGAGUGCCAUGGAUUGCCCGACGGGUUUUCCAAAGCAGGCAGAUUGUGCCUGGGGAGCCCUAAAACAUGUAAGAACUCGAAGGUGACGUCUUCAGCCUGCCCCAACACUCAGUCUCCUUUAUGAAAGUAAGGGUCGUAAAACCAAAAUGGGAGUCCAUUAUGAAAGCUGUCUAAAUAAAACCCCAAAAACGCAGGGACACCUGGGAAAUGAAGUCUCCGACAAGGUGCGUGUGCCCAAAAUGUGACCGCGAGUAGCAACUGCAGCACAGGGGACAAUCGGGAUGGCAAGGUGAUGAGGGUCCCAGACGCAUAGCAGAUGAACGCAGAGCUCAGGGCACGUGGCUGCCAGUUGGGCUCGUCAUGAUUUUCGUGGGCAGAACGUGUCAAAGCGGCUGAACUUGGCACCGAAUCCAGGGACUGUGGGUUAGUGGGCAGGACAGGACAGGUCUGAGGGAGAAGUUGGGAUGAGCCGGGUAACAACUUGCUUUAGGACAGUCGAGAUGAUGGCAAGGCACAGGAUGUGCUCCGGGACUGGCAUGGCACGACCCAAGAAAACAAAGAGUUUUGUGAAGGUAUUCAGGGGUAAAAAAGAAAAAUACCGAGAGCAACGUUUUGAAGAACUCGUCUAAAUACCGACCUGCAGCUUUGGCACAUUUCUAGUGAGCAGGAAGAAAGGCCUCGGGCACAGCGGGCCAAACCAGGUUGGUACAUCAGAGACAGAACUGACACGGGGGGCUCCACGCUGACGCGUCCUCACUUGACUGUCUUGAAGUUCAAUUAAAAGACGAUAACAAAUCACUCGGUUUCCUCUCAUGGAUGAUUUUCCUCCCCAAUUUAAGAACUUCAUUUUCAAACUCUAAUGGCUUCCAUCGUCUCCACUCCACCACAGCAGUAGGAUUGUGGGCAGCGCGCAGUGCAAACCUGACCCGCACAAGAUGCCACCACUCGCCGGUGUCGUGAUGAACACGCGUGGAUUCAAAUAAGGAGAGAGAGAGAGCGAGAGCGAGCGAGCGCCGACUGUUGGAGCGCAAUGCCACACUUCAAUUAACAGUACCCACCAGUCAGCUUACCAGAAUGCAUAUGGAUACCAGUUACAGUUGUCGAUCACUUGCACUCGGAAACCACUCUGAAAUUCCACCGACGUCUCCCUUGGCUUAUCACAUAAGAGGAAGGCCGACUGUUCACAGGAAGACUGCCCGGGUCCAGUUCUGCUGUGGUACCCUUUCACGACGGCAUGGCUAAAUAUGGUGGCGGCAGCCCGUGUCGUCGUUCUUACAAGAAAGAAGGUCAAAGCUAAAACACUGGAGCUCAGUCUCCAUCUACAGAAUCCCAGAGGUGCGUGGGCACUGUGUGCCAACUACUUAGAAAUGGCCUACUAGACAGAAUGUGAUACUCAAAUCUGUGUAACAGAACACCCAACAACUUACAGCCUGCGAUGGCAAAGCUCGUGCCCUUCAUCUGGAGAGGGUCCUUAGGAAGACACCCCACUUAAAUGAUCAUCACGACGGCCCCCUGAUUUUUCAGGUCAUCAGACUGAAGUCCUUCAGGUAGAGGUGUGCCAACAUAACCGACAGGGUCCUCGACCGAAGGAGGGUCUCGAGUUGCCUCAGACGCUUGCCCAUUGUAAUCUGUCCAGUUGGCCAAUAAAAGGUGCCAGGUUGCUUCACUUCUCAUUACUCCGUGCCAGGAGACUCCGAGGGCCGAGUGGCAUUCACGUUCUCACUGGCACAGCUCCUCACAACAGCUGGACCCCAAUGUAAAAAUAAAAGCACGUGUGGGGUUGUCUUAUGUUAUUUUGAGGCUGGUGGUCCGAUCUUUUAAUCGGGGGUUCCAGCCCUCUUCCACACUCCUGUUUGAACCCUGGCUGUAUGGUUCUGGACGAUUUCAAGGGCAGUUAUUACAAAUAUGAAGCUCUUUCUAAUCCCCCUACUGGCUUCACUCAGAGAGUGACAAGUGACAGCUUUCUGUUGCCAUUAAACAUAUUUAGACUUUAAACGUUUUAAUUGAGGCUCACAUUUAGGAUUUCAAAGAGCUGACAUAACUGUACUUGUUUACGGUGCACUUCUACCUCAUGAACUAAACCAACACAAUUCUUAUGAAGCCCCCGAAUUAGGGCGGUUUGCGCCAAGUCACACUUUUUAAUCACACAUGUCACACUUGUGUGCUUUCUAGUUUUAGUUUUAUGGCCGCAGGAACAGACAGCAUCCCUGGGCGGGCUCUCAGAGCGUGUGCCACCCAGCUGGCUGAUGUUCUCUGCUCCAUCUUGAACCUUUCCCUCAGUCAGCGCAUCGUCCCGUCCUGCUGUAAGACUACGAUCAUCGCCCCCCCUUGCUAAAUAAGCCCACCCACCUGGCUGAGUGACUCCAGUCAUCAUGAAGUGUUUUGAGCGAGUGGUGCCUGCCCACAUUCACAGCAGCAUAGCAGACACUCUGGACCCCCUGCAGGAUGCCUACCGGCCCAACAGGUCCACCUCAGACGCCGGCGCGGGCGCACUUCAUUAUUCCCUCUCCCAUCUGGAGAACAGACUCCUACAUCAGGAUUAUCCCCCAUAAACUGCCUGCACCCCACCUUCUGUGACUGGCUCCUAGACUUUCUGACUGGCCACCAGUAUCACAAACACAGGUCCUCAGCCCCAUCCUCUACACACACCCUGUUCACCCAGGACUGUGUCGCCUCACACAAAGAUAACAUCAACCUGAAGUUCACAGACGACACCGCAGUGAUUGGACACGACACUGGUGGGGA